AUGCAUCAAUUGAUUGCCUGUGCAGUCCUUUCCGAAUUUGUAGCUGAAGUUUCGAAAAAAUGGAAAAAAAUACAAACAAUGUUACCUGAUGUUAUUGAAUAUGGCGUUAAUCAGGGGAUCAUACCGAAUCGAAAAGAAAAAAAGAGUGGAAACGGAUUCAGUUUACCAAGUUUUAUUAAAGCAGCUGAAGCCGAUAUUGAUCACAAUGACAAACGUCUUGGUGAUGGCAGGUUUCAUCUCCCAACUAAUGACAUCAGUUUGAUGCAUUCAGCGGUACCAUUUCUUCCACUUCCUACUGCCAUAGUUUGUGCUGUCGUGAACUUCAUCAUUCCAGGACUAGAAGGUACUGUCAUCAAUCUGCUCACUUUAAUUCCUGUCGGUAUCACCAAUCAUUUAGGAACAAUAAUGAGUGGAUUUCUUGCUUUGUGUCUAGGACAAACACGCGUUAAUUAUCGUGAAGGAAGGAAAUUAAUGACUCUUAUCAUCAGUUUUUUGGUUGGCAUCAGUCAGUUUUUCACUAUUACGUUCUUCUUAGUCGGAUGGUUUUGGUCAAUGGCUUGGGGUGGUUUGCUAAUUAUCUAUUCAGUGCAGUAUCGUGAUGCCAUUCGUCAACGACGUCAAGAAGCAAUUGCAACAGCUGCAUUAGAAGCAUUAACUCGUGAUUCCAUCUUGCAUCGUCGAGAUGUAAAAACGUUGGUUACUGAACUUAAGGAAAAAACAGAAACCAAAAAAGAGACACAAACAAAUGAGUAG